AGGGUUUGCCUGCUGAGCCAGGGAUAGCAUGCCGGUCUUCUACACCCCCCUACCUCAGAAUAUCCGCCUAGGCUUGGCAAACCUCAGUGGCUCCGUGUUUGCCAACAACAGGACCAGAGAUAGCUGCGAUUUCAGGGACAAUAGCGACAAAGCAGACAACGAGGUGGUGGCCCAUUUACCUCUGCAAAUGUUGAUGUACUUCAAUAUGUAUUUCUUUCCAUUCUGGUUCAUCUCAGAGGUGGUCAUGCUCGAGUUAAAGUUUGCUCUGUUGCCAACCUACUACCAGUGCCUUCUAGUGACAGGUGUGGUCCUCCUGACCAUCUUUGAGAUCAUGAGAAUCUACCUAGGUUAUGUUGGCAACCUAGAGGAAAAGGUGCCAGAGUUGGCCGGCUUCUGGCUCCUCACUUUCUUCUUCCAGCUGCCCAUCCUGCUGUUCUUCCUGACCGACGAGGCCAUUCUCAUCGCGCCUCUGGAGCGCGCCGUGCACGGCGUCUACCUGAUCUUCGUGCUGACCGAGGCGCUGGCGUCCUUCCUGGCGCUGCGCAACAUGAGCCGCAAGCUCACGCUGCAGUUCCACCUGCGCCAGUUCGCUGAGGUCGAGAGCCUUCACCCCAUGGACAUGGCGCACGCCUUCGCCACCUCCUACUAUGGCAGGAGCGUCCUGCCCAUGCCCACGGUCGACGAUAUGCCGCCCUACUGAGCAGACAAAUGCUGAAUAGUCACUGGAGGGGCUGUGUGUGUGUGUGUGUGUGUGUGUGUGUGUGUGUGUGUGUGUGUGUGUGUGUGUGUGUGUGUGG